GGGUGCAACAGGCACAGCACAUUUGGUGUUCGACUACCGAGUGCAGCUCUGUGCCUUAUAGUUCAUUAAGGGUUCUCAGAUGGUCAACCGUUGUUUCCUUUGAUCAGACCAGAUUUGCCUUAGCCCUGCCCACAGAUUUUGAUCAGCAAGUUUGACAGAUAAAAUUAAUUCAUGAUGCACUAUAACACUCCAACCAUGAAAUAAAUAAUAAAUAGAAAUAUUGUGUUUUAUUUCUUAAUGACACAAUUAAUUAUUUUUUGAUGUAUUUAUUUAUUUAAUGUUGACACUCUCAGUCCGGAUACAUUAGAUAAUUCUAACAUGUAAGAUGUGUUCCUACAUAGACGUAUAUUAGACAGCUAAUAAGUUGCUAAAAAUAAAUUUAAAGGGUUGUGGGUGUCACUGGUUGGGACGUAUGUGGAUUUCCAGAAGCAACAGCGUUAUUGGAAUUGUAGUUCUAAAUGGGACUGUGGAUGCCCCUACUCACCUGUAAAAAUGAAAUAUAACAACAUUGUUUGGGAUUCUUAAAGUCUGGGAUAUUAUAGCUGAACACCUUUGUUAUAAUAAACCCUUUCAGAGGUAAACAGAGUAGAAGGCACUCAAUUCUGACCCACAUGACCAAUGAAAAGUAGUCGAGAAUGAAGUUCAGGUGUCCACCUGACAAACCAUAUGCAUAUCAGUUGUCAGGCAACAUCACUUGGCCGAACUAAUGAAGAUUAGUAUGUCAUGUGACAGGGGUAUGACACAGCCACCACAAACACACUCUUGCAUACUGUCGACCAUUGAUAACUGGUAACAAUGAUGUAACUUAUAAAAUAUAAAACGUCAAUUCAUCACUUCUGAGAUUGAAGAUAAUAACACAUUUGCUACAGCAGAGAUUAUACUGGUGUCUGGCCAGUUACUGCUCUAUUUUACUGCUCAUUUAUACUGUAUAUGGUGAGGCAUAUGCAUUUAUACAGAAUUCUUAGCCCUAGAUAUAAAAAGUUGUUCAAAACCGACAAGGCCCUGCAAUAAAAAUCAAGUACACACCAGUUUAGGCCCUUGAACUGCGUCUGAUAAGCGAUAAAAGAUAGGAACACAUAAUUGCAAGCUCUAGGCUACAGGACCUAUAUUUAGCUUUCAUACUUGACAUGUGCAGCUAGUCAGACAUGUGUUCUGCUGUUCAACUCAAGAUAAACAAAAAAAUCCCAAAUCCUUAAAUGUUCACCCUAGAAGAAGAACAAUCUUGUCUGGAAUGUAACAGGGCAGGUAAGAGUUUGACAGCUCCAUUGUUACUGAGGUCUCUAAUGAGUCUGAGCUCCAGGCCAGAAUUAUGACAUAUUUCGUGUUCAACAGUGGCCACCCAAUCAUAACAUGUUUAAAAUGCUUAUGUAACAUUAACAGGUGAGGAAAUAUUUUUAAAAUGAAAAAAAAAAAACAAUUUAAAUGGGCUAUUAAAGAAGAGAUGGUCAUAAAAACAUCUUCUCUCAUCAUCUAAAAUAUACAGUAUGUCAGUUUGCUGCCAAAUAUUUUUUCCAUUGAGAAUUGGUACAAGAGUAGAAGUUGUUGAACAGGAGGGAAAGAAACAUGGGGUGUGUGUGUGUACGUGUGUCUGUUUUCAGUGCCUUGGCCAAAGAGGGAAGUUCACCCAGGACGCCACAAAUCUUGAACGAUUGUUGGUUGAAACAUGUGAAUCACUACUCACAAAAAAAAGCUUUUGUUCUCAAAAUGAUAACAAUCUAUAUAGUUUGAAUAUGUACAUGGUCCUUGGUCCCUACAGCAUCAGAUAUUCCUGCAUGAACACCCCCCCCCCCCCCCCCCCGAAGACGCACUAGAGAAAAUAAAGGGGGUGGGAGGAGAUUGGGGUGAAAUAAGUUAUGUGAGUAUUUCUGUCACACUGCUCAGUACAUCUGUCUCAUCACAAUAAUGUCAUUUUCUAAUGGGUUGGAACUCUGUUUCCCAAAUCUCCUCAACUCCUCUUGUGAGAGGGCUGCCAGAUCUCAGUCUGUGGCCAUUCUCACUGACAUCACUCUGUCCGGCAUUGGUCUGCUCACAUUGGUCCUCAACCUGCUUGUCAUCAUCUCCAUCUCCCACUUCAGGCAGCUCCACACUCCUACCAACAUCCUCCUCCUUUCUCUGGCCAUCUCAGAUUUCUUUGUGGGAUUCUUAUUUUUCUUUCAAAUCAUGAUCAUAGGCGGCUGCUGGUUGCUCAGUGAUCUUGUCUGUAGCCUGUACUGUUUAUUGGAAUAUGUCAUUACGUCUUCAUCCAUAGGAAUAAUGGUGUUAAUAUCAGUUGAUCGCUAUGUGGCUAUUUGUGACCCUCUGCAUUAUUCUGUCAGAGUGACCGAGAAGAGAGUGAAGGUGUGUGUCUGUCUUUGUUGGGGUUGUGCCGUUGUCUAUGACUCACUGCUGCUGAAGGACAACCUGAUUCAUCCCGGCAGGUAUAAGUCCUGUCAUGGGGAGUGUGUUCUGGUCUAUGACUCAACAUCCGGAGUGGUGGAUAUGAUCAUGUCCUUCAUCUGUCCCAUCACCAUCAUUGUUGUUCUGUAUGUCAGAGUGUUUAUCGUAGCAGCCUCUCAGGCCAGAGCAAUGCAUUUGUUUACUGCAGCUGUCCAUGUCCAGUGUUCACUAAAUGUAAAGGCUAAGAAAUCUGGACUGAAAGCUGCCAAGACACUGGGUAUUGUUGUUGUUGUAUUUUUAAUUUGCUUAUUUCCAUAUUUUUGCAUUGUUCUCACAGGUCAGGACAGUGUCCUGAAUAUAACGUCUGCUGCCUUUUUCAAUUGUCUUUUCUACUUUAACUCCUGUUUGAAUCCUAUAAUUUAUGCUUAUUUCUAUCCCUGGUUCAGAAAGAGUAUAAAACUGAUUUUCACACUGCAAAUACUUAAGCCUGGCUCCUGCAACUUAAAUAUUGGCUAAAGGAGUGAAUCUGGCAUUUUAUGUAAAACAUGAAAAGAUGCAAUGCCAUGUCGAUGAUCUCUUCAAGUCAUCUAAUAAGACAUCAUUAUGUUAUUUAUAAUUGUCUUCUAUUGUUUUUCCACACAUCAUACACACGUUUUGCAUGACCAAUUUUAUAGUGCAAUAUAAUUGAAAACUACCCAAAUAUUUACCUAUUUAUGUAUUCAGAAUGCAAUGUGAGAUAUUGCACUUUUCCUCCAUCAUUUAUUAAUUUGAAUUAAUAUAAAUUUAAAUUGAAGCUGGGUUCAUUGUCUUCUCUUCACUGUGAGGUGC